AAUAAUUUAAGUUAUGAUUUAAAGCUAAAAUUAUUAAAUUGUUGUUAUUAAGCUCAAUUAAAUUCUAACUGUUAAUCCAAGCAAAGAUUAUCAUGAUUGUCAUUUAGAAUCGAAGGUUGAAAAAAGAAAUUAUUUUCUUUCAAAUUGUGUCAACAUCAAUUCUGUUUCCUCUUUUUCUCUCACACCUUUUUCUCUCUCAUCAUCAUUAUCAUCAUGUUCCUUUACUCUUUCAUCAUAUGUGUAAUAUGGAUGAUGAAAAAUGACCUAAGAACCAUAAAUCUUAAGUCAAUGGGUUUUCACGCUUUUCCUUUUGGUUAGCGAACAUUUUUUCCUCUCUCCUAACCAAUGAUAGAGAGAAAAGUGAGAGAGAUGAUACUUUAACUGCGUAAAGUGAACAGUUUUUUUAAUCCUUCUCUCUCCAUCACCAUCACCAUCAUUAUCAUCAGUUUCAUCGUUUCAUCUUUAACAACAUGAUAUAUUUACCAAGACGAUGGUUUUUACUACGAUGGAAAAUGAUCAUUCAAACAAUAACAAAACUGUUAUCUUCUAAUUCCUGAUUUCAACAAAUCUUGUUAAACUCUCUCUCUCUCUCUUAUUGGUUUGCUGAUGUUUCUCUUCAGGAUUUUUUCGCUGUUGCUUGUUCUCAGUCUGUUCCAGGUUAACAUUGGAAAAAUGUGGAGGAAGAAAAAUCCUAAAAGAGAAUAGAAUAUAACUGAAAAAAGAGAGAAAAUAACGAAAAAGUGAAAGUGAUGCUGCGUAAAUUUGGUUUACUAGCCCUUGAAAUCCCAACUUGAAAUCUGGAUAUUUGAUUGAUGGUAUUGAUUCUCGAGAGGCUCAUCUUCCUCUUCAUCCUCCUCAUCUUUUUCUUGCUUCUAUUUUACAAGAGAGAGUGAACAAAACCUUCACAAUUUACUUGGAUGAUAAUUCCUCAUGUAAUCGGUAAUCCUGUUGAUGAUGUUCAUCUUCAUCAUUCUCUCUCUUCCUCCUUCUUUUUUUACACUCUCCAUCUCUGAGUUAAUCACACUUUCUCCAAUGGAUAACAUGGAUUUCUGACCCGAUACAUUUUACAACAAAAUCGACAAACUUCAAGUUACUCAGGAAAAUAAUCGAGAUUUGGAAGCGCGAACAUGAAAAGCUCAAUGAUAAUCAUGAUUAUCGUGAGGAUGGAUAUGAAUCGUAAUUGAACUCUCACCUAAAAUAAUUCAAUUGAUUGUUCAUUUUAAUUGUUACCUUCUUUCACCAUUUAACUGUUUUAAUGCUCAUUCCAUCAUCAGUUUACCUUUUUUAUUGUUCAACUAUUAUCAUUAUCAUUAUCAUCUCUCUCUCAUCCUCAUCCUCAUCAUCAUCAUCAUUGUGUUGUUAAUGCUUUUAAAUGGAGCUAUUAUCAACUAAUUAGUUUGAUGAAGAAAUGAGUAAAGUGAUUUAACUUACAGCUUCUAACAAUUCCCAGAAUGAAGUUGAUCAAAUGAUCAUCUCUCUGGCUUUAAUUGUCAAUCAAGAGCCAACGAUAAACAAACUUACACACACAACAAUUAAUCCGGUUGAUUAGUUUGUAAAGGAUUUACAGAUUUAAGUACAAUUUUCAAUGGUAGUUAAUUUAUGUUAACAAUUUGAUCUUCAACAAUUUAUCUAUUAUCCAUGUAUUAGGUUAUAUGUUAAUUGUUGAAGAUUUACUGGGUUUGAUUGGCGAUUCCAUCAUCUUUUUAUCCAUCAUUCAAGUUGCUCAUCAUUUUCUUUAAAUUUCCAUCUUUCUCUCUGCGGGUCAAUUCAUUUAUAUUUAUCACCAAUUGGAUUUGUAAACAACAUGGAGAUAAAGGUUAAUCCGAUCCUUGAAUUAUUAUUUGGUUAAAACAAACGUUGAACAAGAUUAUGGAUAAACCGGUAAUUGUUUACUUGAUUGCACUUAAAUUGGAUAAAUUAAGAUAGCUACCAUGAAGUUUUUGUACAAUUUUAAUUUAAUUAUUUUAUUACUCGGAGCUUUAAUCUUAUCAUCAUCAUAUGAACCUGUUACCUCAAUAUCACUGACCAAUGUUGGAAACAUUGGAGAAACAUCAACAUCCGAUAGAUUAUCGGAUAGAAAACGAGUUCGCAAUAAUAAUGGUGGAUUCUCUUUAACUAGCAGUAGUAUCAAUGAUCAACCAUUUAAUCAACAAGAUGGAAUCUCAAGUUUAAGUCGAACAAGAGGGAAUGCUGUUCAGAAGUUCGAUAUCGAACCUGUUGAUAAAUCUGCAAUAAUCGGAAAAACAGUUAUACUUCCAUGUAGAGUAUUGCACAAAGUAGGUCCACUACAAUGGACCCGUGAUGGUUUCGGCCUGGGUCCUGAUAGAAAGUUAGAAGGUUUUUCUCGUUACCAAAUGAUUGGUAGCGAUGAAGAAGGAGAUUUUUCAUUACAAAUUCAAAGCGUCUCCUUGGAGGACGACGCUGUAUAUCAGUGCCAAGUAGGAGCAGCCGAAGGAGUUGACGGAAUUCGUUCUCGAAAUGCUGCUCUAACGGUUUUUGUUCCUCCCGAACCUCCCAAAAUAGUCCAAAGUGAUCCCCUUUGGACAACUGCGGGUACUACUGUUGAGUUAACCUGUGAGUCCCAUGGUGGUAAACCUGCUGCCGAGCUCACAUGGCUUGAUGGUGAAGGUAAUCCAGUGAGAGUUGGAAUUGAUCAAAAAAUUCAACUCUUAAGUGAUGGUAAACGUGCCAAUUCAGCCUUAAAGUGGACAUUUAUUCCUGGUCGGGAACAUCAUGGUAAAACAUUUACCUGUCGAGCAGAGAAUCCGGCCUUACAGCAGCCACAAAAAGCUCAUAUCCGGGUUGAGGUUAAAUAUAAACCGGAAAUUCAUUUAACAUCAGAUAAAUCAUCUUACAUGGAGGGUGAAGAUAUUAAGUUAUCAUGUAAAGCAUUUGCUAAUCCUACUGAGGUAGCAUAUAAAUGGUACCGUAAUGGUGAACUUGUAAUGGGCGAUUAUACAACUAAUCUGGUUAUACCUCGGGUAACCCGAGAAAUGAACGGCUCUCCGGUUACAUGUGAAGUGACCAACUCAGUGGGCACUUCUAAAGAAACUUAUACACUAGAUAUUCAUUACGGUCCCGUUUUCUUAACAUCGAAAAGUGAAGAGGUUUUAGGAGUAAACGCUGGUGAAAUCGUUAGGCUAAAAUGUGAUCCCUCCGGUAAUCCUAAACCCGAAAUAGCUUGGCUUUACAAUGGAUCAACUAAAGUUCUUAGUACCAAUAAAGAGCUUGUAAUACCUUCCAUGAGUGAGGAUAAAUCAGGUCGCUAUGUUUGCCGAGCAUCGGUUCAAGGAUUUCCCGAAGUUUCAUUUUCAACCCACGUUUUUAUUAAAGGUCCACCUAAGAUUAUUAGCCCAUCAAUACAAUAUAUUGUUGAUGAUGAACCUGUUAAAGUUGAAUGCAUUGUACACUCCGUGCCAUCACAAAAUCAAGUUAUAUGGAAACAUAAUUCACAGGUUAUUGAUUUAGAUAAUGGUCAAGGUAUUGAAGUGAUCGAGGAUAAAAAGCCUUCAGAAUCGAUCACAAGAAAUAUAUUGUUAAUUCAUAAACGCUCAGAUGAAUACUUUGGUAAAUACAGUUGCUCAGUUGUUAAUGAUUUGGGACAAGAUUUCAGGACGAUCACGUUAACAAAGCAAAAGAGUUUUCCCAUGUUAAUAAUUAUUGCAACAAUUAUUGGUUCCAUUGUUGCUGUUGUUUCGGUGACCAUAAUUGUAAUACUCUGUAUGAAACGUAAAUCAUUGGAUAAUGAUGAUUACCUGAGUGACGUGAAAAAAGACACUUCCAAUUCUAAUGAAGCUCCUUCAUUAACAAAUUCAAAUAAAACCAACGAUUCAAAUACGCUGACUAGCAAUGGAAUCAGUUUUUCAGGUUGUAUAUCCACAAAAUCGGCAGCAUCAUCAUUAAUUAAUCCAAGUAAAACCAUGAUGAUGGCCAACGAUUCGCCAACAUUGAUCACUGGUUCAAAUACACUGACCAACGGUGCAAACAUAUUAUCCAAUGGGUCAAACAUUUUGUCCAAUGGGUCAAACACAUACUCAGUUGGGUCAAAUACUUAUUCAAAUGGAUCUAAUAUAUUGUCCAAUGGGUCAAAUAUUAUGUCUAAUGGUUCCAAUCAAUACACCAAUGGCUCAAAUACAUUCACCAAUGGAUUAACCACUUUUACUAGUAACGGAAUGAGUUUUUAUGGUUGCAUCUCUCAGAAGUUUCCUCCGCCAUCAUUAUCAUAUGUUUAGAGAGAUGAUGAGAUUAACCGUUUUUUUUGUGUACAAAUUGCGAGAAAACGAAACGAUUAAGACCAAAGGAUAUAUAAAAAAAUUCGAGAAAAGGAAAAGGUCAAAGGAUUCUCUCCAUCUUCAUCCUCUGUCAUCACCAUUGAGAAAUGUUGAAGAUGUAAAUCAAAGCCGCUCCCUUGGUUUUAUCUUUUUGUUUCAUCUUUGAUUAUUGUUGGAACUUUUUUUCUUCUUCUUGAAAAGUUAUCACAUGUUUAGUUUUUUAUGAUGAAACUGAAUUUAAAUCUCUCAAAUUAAAUAAUCAAAUUAAUUACUACCAAUUGGUUGUAAUUGUUGUGAUCAGAAAUUGAAAGAAAUGAUCAGGGAAGCAAAACACCCUGAGGAAAAAUAAGAGGACGAUAAAAAAUGAACUUUGAUGACUUUUUCUGAUGAAACAAUGAUAAUGAUGAUGAUUAAUUUCACCUGAGAUGUGUGUAUAUAUAAAUAUUAAAUCAACCUUUUAAAUCCCAAACUUUUUUCCCAAACCAUCAUGUAAAUCAUAUCAUGAUUAAAGUGAUAAUGAUAGCAAUUAGUUAAAUUGAUUAACUUGGCAUCAAACUUUGUAUUAUAAUCCAAAAAAAUAUCAUCAUCUGAAUAUGUUGAUCAGAUAAUCAAUCCUGUAAUCUGAAUUACAGGUAACUAUACAUAGUUACUAUAUUGUUCAAUAAAAUCUACGUCAAAAUUUUCAA